AUGUUCGCUGCGAGUGACCGCGCACGUCAGCGGCCCUGGCGUCCAGCGGUGCCGCCCCCCGGCCUGCUCCUGGUGACCUGCACCCUGCUGAGGGCCAGCGCAAUCGGCCUCCGCAGCGAAGCCUCGGUGGGAUCCGGCAGCCAGGGCCUCUGGCAGUGGCUGUUCGGCGGCUGGGGCAAGCAGAAGCAUCGUUCCCAGAGCUUCGACACCCAGGAGUACGCAGCCAUGAGCUGGAAGGAGGCGACCGAGAAGGCGAGGUCGAUCGCGCUCCAGAUGACCCCUGAGGAGCAAUUUCUGGUGGUCGGGGGCUCGCACAACAUGGAGCGAGGCUACUAUGUCGGCAACACCGCAGCCUUUGAGAAGUAUGGCAUUCCAGCUUUGCGGAUGCAGGACUCGAGCAAUGGCUUCCGUACCACCGAAGACGAGGAGUUCAACACGACCACACAUUUUCCUUGUCCACUAGCUCUCGGCGCAACCUGGGACGAGGAUCUCAUCGAGCGCACGGCGGCAGCCAUAGGUGAGGAGUUCAAGCAAAAGGGUGCCAACGUGGUGCUGGGGCCCUCGUUGAAUGUGCACAGAAUCGCCGCGGGCGGCAGGAAUUACGAGUACAUCUCUGGGGAGGACCCAUACUUAGGGUCGCGCUAUGCCGCACCAUUCAUUCAUGGAGUGCAGAAACAGGGAUUGGUCGCUGUCGCUAAGCACUUCGCGUUCAACGAGCAGGAGACGAACCGGAACGAGGAGAGCUCGGAGAUCGACGCUGGGACCGCGUGGAAUCUUUAUUACCCACCGUUCGAGGCUGCAGUCAAGGCUGGCGUGGGUGCCAUGAUGUGCUCCUACAACAAGGUAAACGGCGAGCAUGCCUGUGGCAACGGACAGCUCUUGAGAGGAGACCUGAGGGAAACGAUGAAGUUCCACGGUUGGGUGAUGUCUGAUUGGAUGGCCACACACUCGUCCAUGGACAUUACCAAUGGUCUGUCCCAGGAGAUGAACGUGGGCCCUCCUGCGCAUUUCACCCUGGCGAAGUUCAGUGAGUUCGGUCCUGUAAAGCUUAUUGAGGCAACCACCGAUGUCCUCUCUUCGAUGUUCCGCCUUGGCCUUGAUCGUGAGUCCAACCCUCCGUGUGGGGGGCACCAGCCGUGCACCGACGUGAGGUAUUCCAACGCUCGCAGCGCGAAGCACACAGCGCUGGCCCGUGAGGCGGCUACUGCAUCGAUGGUGCUGCUGAAGAACAGCAACGGCACCGGGCCAGUCCUGCCCCUGCGCGCCGGGCCGAAGAAGCGACUGGCCAUCGUGGGUCUCCCAGCGACUGCCAAACGAGGCGAGGCCUCGUCCAGUUGCCCUGUGCUGCGGCUGGAGGAGGGCAAGAAGAGCAAGGACGAGUAUUGGGCGUGCAAGAAGAACAUGAGGGCGGACUACUACGGUGGGGGCGGUUCUGGCUCAGUCGUGGGCCCAGACCCCGUGACCCCGUUGGAGGCCAUCAAGGAGCGCGCCGAGAAGUUGGGCAUCGAGGUCGUUAACUACACGACGAAGGAGUCACUGAACGCCGUGAGCGAGUCCGAGGUCGCCCGCGAGGUGGACAUCGUGUUAGUUUUUGCGGCCACCACCUCAGUCGAGUCCAUCGACCGCCCUUCCCUGAAGCUUGACGACCACGCAGACGACCUAAUUUCGAGAUUUGCCAAGGUGGCGCCCACGGUGGUGUGCAUGCAGACGCCCGGCGCUGUGUUGACCCCGUGGCGGGAUGAGGUGUUCGGCAUCGCGAACCUGUUCUUGGCUGGCGAGGAGACGGCCCACGCUUGGGUUGCCAAUCUCUUCGGCGAUCACACGCCGGAGGCGAAGCUGCCGAUCGCGAUGCCCCAUUCCAGGGAAGACCAGAUCCACUACGGCAAGAGCAAGACGGUGCCCUACCAGGAGGGGAUCUGGAACUCAUACCGGAAUGGUUAUUUCAGGUGGGCGUUCCCGUUCGGCCACGGGCUCUCCUACACGACGUUCGCUUACGACGAGCCAGAGGCUUUCCUGGGUGGCACCGGCUCGGACGACUGCGACAAGGUGGUUUGCGUGCGGAUGCAGGUGACGAACUCUGGCGCCUUUGCAGGCAGAGAGGUGGUCCAGGCCUAUCUCCAGUUCGAGCAAGACACCGGCUUCCCGAUGGUCCUCAGGGGCUUCCAGAAGACCGAAGUGCUGCAGCCUGGGAGGAGCACCGAGGUGAGCCUGGACUUCGGGCUGCGAGACCUGUCUGUUUGGAUGCGAGAAUACGGUUGGGUGGCGCAGCCGCAGUUCAUCAUCAUGCUCGGCUCGUCGAGCAUGGACAUCCGCCGCAUGCUGAAUGUGACCAUCCCCAACUCCGUCCCAAACAAAUACUGA